AUGUCAACGGCAGCCCACGCAGCAACACCUACAGAAGCAGAAUCGCCAGCGCAAGUAGUUGCAGCAGAAUAUAUUCAAACUUCACCGGUUUGGCUUUCCAAGAUAAAAGGCCCCGAAUACAUAGCUAAAGGCUACCCUUAUGAAGAAGAUAUCAAGGCUGGACCGCUCCCCAAGUCAGGCUUUAAAUUCAACCUGAAAGCUUACCCGGAAACUAAUAAGCAGCCACCAGUCAACCAUCCUGAGGUGCAAGCCGUCAUCAAACAGUUAGAUUUCACAAAAGUGGGCACCGCUAUACCACGUACAGUUAAAGAUUGGGUUUUAGACAUAACUCAUUAUAAUGCUCUGGAGGAUCCCGAUUGUUGGUGGUCUGCCAGUAUCUGUAAAAAACCCAAAAUCGCAUUUAUUCCUGAAGAUAUCUAUGUUUGUCCUAACAAGGGUGACUGGGGGCUGAACUACGACGAUGGCCCAUACAAAUUUGGAUAUCCUACUACUGAAAAAGAUAAGGAAUUUGAUCAGCCAAGGUUCUACAAUUUCCUUGUUGAUUCAGCAAACAAACAAAAGGCAACUCUUUUCUUCGUUGGUUCCAAUCUCGUCAAGUUCCCUAUUGCUGCUCAGAGAGCCUUACAUGAUGGUCACACUAUCUGCUCUCAUACCUGGUCUCAUCCUCAAAUGACAAGUUUGACCAACGAAGAAGUAGUUGCACAACUUUAUUGGACUCAGAAGGCUAUUAAAGAAUCACUUGGUAUCACACCGAAAUGCUGGAGACCUCCUUAUGGUGAUGUUGAUGAUCGUGUUCGUUCUAUUGCAUGGCAAAUGGGUAUGAGAACCAUUCUCUGGGAUCAAGAUUCAAAUGAUUGGAAUUUGCAACAUGAAAAUAGUAAUGCGACAAUUAUGAUUUCAGAAAAAUGGUUACCUCAGCUUCAAAAAAGCUUCAAUGUGAUGCCAAUCCACCAAUGUAUUAAUGAGCCUCAUCCUUAUUGGGAAGAAUCUUGGGUAUACCCUACAUUGGACUCACCAGAUCCUCCUCAUUACCCGCGUCCCAAAAAACAUCUAAAUACGCUAUUUCACUCAGAAUCUAUACGUCAGAUUCAGCUGUAUAAUAAUAAUCCACGAAAUACGUAUGUUCCCAACAAUGCCUAA